AAUUUUUUAACAAUUCAUAAAAACUGUAAUCAGCUUCAGCAGUUUUUUUCUUUUUUGCUCUUUUUUACAGUCUCAUUGUCAUCGUUAUCGUUCGUGUAUUUUGACUGCCAGAAACGACUACGAACUCUGUGUUGGAGGAGUUUCAGCAGCGAUUAUUGGUGACUACAACAGCGACAAUAACACCGAUUCGUUAUUGAAGCAUUCAGGCGCAGUUGCAGAAUGCGAAAAUCAAAAUUUUGCUAAAAUAAUGGAAUAUAAAGCAAUUCGGCAUGUUGAAGAAGAUGAUAUUCUGAAAUGUGCAGAAGAAAAUGAAAACGGAAAAGUUAGUGAUAUGAGGAAGUUGGCUUGCAUGGCAACACCAGUAACUUGGUCAUUGCAAGAUCUAGCUAAAGGUGUUGUGCAAAAGCCAAGUCAUUGUCGAGAGCUGUAUUCAUAUCAGACAGAACGAUGCUCUUUCUUGCUUGGCUGUUGCCCACAAAUGCAUAGUUGUAUGUCUAAAAUCACAAGUAACUCGUUGGCUUUUCAACAGCGUCUUCAACGUAGUCGUACAAUCAGUGUUGCAGUAAAAAAAUGUUUAGAAGGUGCAAAUAAACGAUACGAUAAUCCAAAGAAACAAAAAAUGCAAACUGAUAAUGAUGUCGAUUCAGUUCUAUCCCUCAGAAAAUCAGUGUCUGAACAACAGAAAAGAAUUGAGGAAGCGAUUCUGGAGGCUCGAGCAGAAGCUGCGCUAGACAGUGACUUUAAAGAUAUUGGUUUCCAUUCGCCAAAAUCUGAUGUUCAACAUCUCAUAUCUCCACCGACAACAAGUAUUAUUACAGCAACACAAACAACAGCAUUGCCGACGUUGCCAACAAUACCAACGUUACCAACACUUCCAAAUUUGCUUCAUGCAGAAAAUAAGAAACUUUGUCUUGAAGCAUUAAAAUGUGAGAAAAAGUUACAAGAAUUUAAGUUGGAAUGUGGCAAGAAACAUAUUGACGAACUUAAAAACCCCAUAUCUCGACCAACUUAUGCAGAUUUGGUACUGUUAAGAGAAUUGCUGCAAAAUCUUGAAGAAACAGGAGCUUCAUCAGCUGUCCGAAAAGCUUGUGUACAUCCACUGUUGGUCAACCAUACAAAUUCUAGGGAAGCAUGCUUGGCAAUUUCAACUGAUAUAAUAUUUGAAGAAAUUUCUUUUGAAAACAGUCUAAAGAAUGCCGCCGAAAAAGUAGCAGAGAAAGAUUUUGAUUCCUGUUUGUUGAAGAUUAAAUUUGCAAAAAAAAAAUGUGAUGAAGCCAAAAAUUGUUGUCCGGGAUAUCAUCCGUGCAAAAAAUUGGUCAAUGAAUCACAAUUAUCGCAUCGAUACAACGAUAAAUUACGGCAUAUUAAAGAACAGCAGAAGAAGUGUGAACUGGAAACAGUGUACAAGCUAAGUUCUGUUGAACCAGGUUUUCUUCCAUAUUUUCACUAA